CCCCCACGUGGCCGUCGCCGUUCCAGCCCCUGCGAGGAAGCGGUGCGCUUCCUGCGGCUGGGGCCGGGGAUAUAGGCGCCCCCGCCCCUCUUUGCCUGCUCGCCGCGCUAUGGCCUCGCUCCGGGCAGAGAGCGCCGGUGGCGGCCCACGGCUCCCGGCGACCCGCGCCGGGCGACCCACAGCGCUCCGCCUCCUCCUUCUGCUGGGCGCCGUCCUAAAGCCACAGGAGUCCCUGGCUCAGCUUCUUACCACCCCAGGCAGCUUGGUGUCACAAGAGAAAAUGAUGGAGGAGAAUUAUAAGGAAAAUGUCCAACUUUGCUGGCAAGACUAUAAGAUUCAAAUGGACUCUAUCGAAAAAGACUGGUGUGACUGGGCCAUAAUUAGCAGGCCUUAUAGCUCACUGCAGAAUUGCUUGGAACAGAAAGCAGAAUUAUUUGGCGUGGGCUUCCCCAAUACCUGGGCAGAACAGGUCAUCCUUGAGACUCACCAGAUCCACUUUGCCAACUGCUCCUUGGUGCAGCCCACCUUCACAGACCCCCCAGAAGAUGUGCUCUUGGCCAUGAUCAUAGCCCCCAUCUGCCUCAUCCCAUUUCUCGUCACCCUUGUGGUAUGGAGGAGUAAAGACGGUGAAGCCCAGACCUAGGGUGGCAUGAGUUUUCUCAGCAGCCAUCUUGCUCCUUUCCCCUGCCCCCGCCAGGUCUCUCUCCUCCUCUCCCUACCUCCUUUUUUCACUCCUACCCCUACUGCAGAUCUUUAGAUUGGUGGAAAUGGGAGCUGGGUGGGGUCAUGGCACAAGUUCUGUAAUCUUCAAAAUAAAAGAUUUGUUUUGUA